UCAAACUAUUGGUCUUGCUUGAUUUGUUGCAAUUACGGGUUUUCUGUCUUACUAGGCUUUGCUACCUGAGAAUUAUCAACGGGUUACGUGAACCUGCGAAGAUGUAUCGAACCCGAGCUUACCGCCGUGUUGUACAGCAUCGUCUGAUUUAGCUUCUGCUGAUCCUGGCCCACGAGAAACAAGGCCCAUAACUCCCAUCUUCAAUAUUUAGGUGACAGUAUCAGAUUCUCACUUUACCAACUGGGCGGGCGUUGAUCAUCCAAAUCACCCCACUUUUCUCAUUCACAUAUUCCAAAUGCACCCAAAACUCCCCUCUUUAAAGUCCUUCCAUUAUCAUCCUCCUCCCGACCCCUCCGGAGAUUCCCAUGUCAUGGCUACCACCUCCUUAUACCCUCUUUCAAUCAAAGAAGAUCUGAGGAAACAGUUUGUAGGAAAGUCUAUCAAAGAUGUAGCCGUUCCUGCUGCUGUGCUUGAUUUAGGGAAGGUUAAGAAUAACUGUAAUCGGAUGUUGGAGGCUGUUGAAUCCUUGGACUUUAGCUGGAGAGCUCACAUCAAGACACACAAAACAACCGAACUUACAAGGCUUCAAGUAGGAGAAGGUCCUGGUCCAGCAAACAUCAUAGUAUCAACCCUCGUAGAGGCAGAGCACAUAGUUCCCCUUCUCCAAGAAUACAAAUCAUCUGGCCGAGCUGUCGAUCUUCUGUACUCCUUUCCGAUCACUCCAUCAGCAGUUGAGCGUCUUGCUCUCAUUUCCGAAGCCCUUGGACCGAGGGGUCUAUCUUUGAUGGUUGAUCAUCCAGAUCAAUUGCCAAAUGUUACUGCACUCCAUGAGCUCAGCGGAAAUGCUCCAUCUGUAUUCCUAAAGAUCGACAUGGGCGGUCACCGCGCCGGCGUUGCUCCCCAAACAACCGCUUGCACUACGCUCAUCGCCUCCCUCCUAGAACUUGAGAAAGCCGGCACUCUCAACCUCCUAGGUCUCUACUCUCACGCAGGUCAAUCUUACUCCUCGUCAGGCGAAUCCGAUGCUCUUGACUUCCUACGUCAAGAAUUUGAGGCUCUGCUCGUAACAGCUAUAGAAUUACGGACCGUGUCUCCUUCCCAUCCACUUGUGCUAUCCGUCGGCGCCACCCCAACCACAACCUCAAUCCGCAACCUCCUCCUCACGCACCCGCCACCAGAUUCCAGAUCCCCAUCCUCCCCCCUUCCCUCCACCCCAAGCCAAGAAGCCAUCUCCGCCCUGCGCGCCACCAUCUCCCUCAUCCGAUCCAGCGGUCUCACCAUCGAAAUCCACGCCGGCGUCUACCCCACGCUCGACAUCCAACAGCUCGCCACCCACGCUCUUCCCACAACCGGUCCACACGCGAUGCUCACCUGGAACGACCUAGCAUUUACCGUCGUAGCGGAAGUGGCUUCGAUUUAUCCUGGGAGAGGCAAGAAUGGAACGCCGGAGGUGCUGAUCAAUGCGGGGAUUAUUGCGUUGGCGAGGGAGCCGUGUAAAGCGUAUGGGGGGUUUGGGAUUGUGAGUGGGUGGGGGAGGGAAGGCGUACACACACCCCUAACCAGUCCCGAACUUCACACCGGCUGGACGGUCGGACGAAUCAGUCAAGAACACGGAAUUCUCGUCUGGACUUCCCCUUCCUCAAACCCAAACAACUCAACCGAAAGCAGCACAACCGAAACCAGCACAACCGAAACCAGCACAACCGAAACCAGCACAACCGAAACCAGCACAACAGAAAAGGAAAGCAAGAUCCCCGAAGAAGAAAUGUUACACGUAGGACAGAAGAUCAGGAUCUGGCCGAAUCAUGCUUGUAUUACUGGCGCGGGGUUUGGCUGGUAUCUAGUUGUUGAUGGCGGGGAUGAGAUUGUGGAUGUUUGGCCGAGGUGGAGGGGGUGGUGAGUGAGAGGAAGGGACGAUUCCGAUGAUGGAAAGAGCUAGGAAGGAAGAUAUCUGCUAGAGAUACGGAAGUAAGACUCAAAUGCAUUUCAUUCCAUUUCAUUUUACUUUUCUUGUCUACAGAGCCAGAUGGUAUAUCAGUCUAGCAAGUUCAACGCCCUACGCCAGCCACUCCACCCACCCAACCCCAUUCCAUCAUUUCAAUACCAACCUAGCAAGCAGACUAAGCCCUCGCAAGUUUUGAUCCUUCCCUAACAAGUGCUUUUUCCAACAUCUUCAUCAACCAGUACUCACUUACACCUCUUUUCUACGACGCUUGAACCAAACUCAGCGUACUCUGCUUUAGAAAUCCACAUCUGAUGGAACGUCCCCAAGCUGCCCAAGAUACUUCCUCCAAUCCAGCUACCAAAGCGUCUCUCCGUAGUUAAUCCAGCAGCUUGGACCUUGAUCCUCGUACCAGGGUACGCGUUCAUCAGUUCAUUGUUCAGACGAUCUCCAAACCCGUUGAUCAGCGUCGUGCCUCCAGUGACAAUGAUGUUCGCAAGAAGAUGCCCUCUGAGAUCAACAUCCACAGCACCAAUGCUCGCCUUGAUCAUAUCAAUAAUAGUCUGUGACUGGGUAACAGCCGCCUCACCAGGGACAGAAAGAGCGGCUUUGGCGUCCCAUAGUCCCUCUGCGACUUGGAAGCGCUCUACACCCCACAUCUGGUUGUAACCAUCUGGCAUCUCGAAUACGCGACCUGGUUGUGAGCGGGCGAAGUCGAGAUUGCUACCUCCAGUCUGAUUCUGCAUGUUCAACCUGCCGGGGCCAGACCAUGUCUGCACAACUGACUCCUUGAACUCGGUAAGAACACGCUCUUCUUCCAAUGCUCGGAAGCUGUCUGUAGCCGUCUUAUCGUAUUUGCGGAAUACAGCCUGGGCUGGCGCACCUGCAUCAACUGCCGUCUUGGAGGAGACCAUGAAAUGCGGUACCAGCUCAAUCUUUGGAUCCUGGCUGUUGAACAUAGCGCGAAGUUGUGAAGAGAGCCAAUUUCCGCCGAGAUGCGAUCGCUGCACGGAUUUCUUCAAGAUGAGUCCAUCAUGUAUACCGAGAACAGACGCCGUCGAAGCACCGACGUCAAUAACCAGCGCGGUUGCCUUUCCCCCUCCAAACGCAGCCAUGACACUGUUCCUCGCUAGCCAGAACGCAGGACAUCCCCAGCUCUCCAUCGCAAUCUCAAUAGCCUUCUCGCGAUUCUUCACUGUAUUCCAUGCCGUCUCGGUCAUCAGCAGCGGAUGCUCUUCCAGCGGUUUCUCGUUAUCUUCAACCCCCUCCAUCUGCACAUCCAUAUCCUUAACAUCAUCAUUCAGGCCAUUCGUCCGUGGAUCCGCCUGCUUGAAGCUCGUGAGUCGUGAUGUAAUCGCAUAUUCCCAUAAUUGUGUAGCCGUGUCCCAAUCCUCCACUAUGCCCUCCUUCGACAUCGGGUUCCGGAUCUCGAGAUGGCUGAGCGGGUUGUGGAUCGCAUCGUCGCCGAAAACGAACUUGCCGCUGUCUAGCACGCCGUAAUGUGAAUUGAGGAAGGAUUUCGGCGAGUCUUCUCCUGCGAAGCCGGCGCGAACGCUGGAGUAGCCUGGGUCGAGAAUGAUUGCGGAUACUUCAUCUGUAGGUGGAUGUUAGAGCUGUCUGGAGGGGUGGAUGGGGCCAAUUACCUCCACCGUAGACAUCUGUGGGUUGCAUUGAAGAGUUGAGGGGUUGAGAUGCCAUCUUUGCAGCUGGCGAUGGGGAAGAGAGGAGGGUUCGAGGGUUGUGGUGAGAAUAACUUCAAU